AUGGAUCUUCGAAUUCCAGACGAAAGGGGUGAAGGUACGGAUGCGGAUCAAAGACGCCGUGUCAAAUUCUGGAAAGACAAUCGUGAGAAAGUACAAAAGCAAAGGGGAUCAGUUUUGAAAUGGGAGACAGUGGAAGAAGAAAUGGAUGAAGUCAUUCUUAAGAAUUAUUCAGAUAAUUCUGAUAACAUCUCGCUUGCUGAAACUGCUGAGCCACCAUCAGAUUUGAUCUUGCCGCUUUUGAGGUACCAAAAGGAGUGGUUGGCUUGGUCAAUAAAGCAAGAAGAAUCUACAUUCAAGGGGGGUAUUCUUGCUGAUGAAAUGGGAAUGGGGAAGACGGUUCAAGCCAUAGCACUUGUGCUUGCUCAACGUGAAUUAAAGAAAGCAGCUAGUGCUUCCAGUACAUUGUCGUCUUCACCAAGUACUUCCCAGGAACUCCCAACAGUAAAAGGAACUCUUGUUGUAUGUCCUGCGAUUGGAGCAUUGCAAUGGUUCCGAGAGAUUGAAAAUUGCACCACUAAAGACAGCAACAAAAUUCUUCUUUAUCAUGGCACCAACAGGGGGAAAUUUACGUCCAACCUGGAGGAAUAUGAUUUUGUCAUUACGACAUACUCCACUAUCCAGGCUGACUAUAGGCCAAAAAAGUCAAAGCAGAAGAGCAAGAACUCAAAAUUGUGUGACGAUGGUUCUAGUGAUAAUUCAGUCAGUGUUGCUGAAGAUAUGUCCAGAAGGAAGUCAGUUCUGCAUUCAGUGAAGUGGGAUCGUAUCAUUUUGGACGAGGCUCAUCAAAUCAAAUCUGUAAGCAAUGCCACCACAAAAGCGGUUCUUGCUUUAGAAUCUUCUUAUAAGUGGGCCUUAACUGGUACACCCCUGCAAAACUGCAUUGGAGAAUUGUACUCACUUGUCCGUUUUUUACAAGUUACUCCUUAUGCUUAUUACUUUUGCGAAAAUUGUAAUUGCAGCGGACUUGAUUUAAGCUUCUCUGAUAAAUGCCCACAGUGCCGUCCCUGGCCUUGCCGACGUGGAUGCCACUUCCUAUGGUGGAAGAAAUAUAUUGAAAAACCUUCAGCGAAUAAGCGGUACAUGUCCGAGAGGAUGCAUGGAGAUGCUAUGAUUUUGUUGAAGCACAAAAUUCUGAAAAGCAUAAUGCUAAGACGUACCAAAAAGGAAAGAGUUGUUGAUCUUUCACUUCCCAUGAAGAAUGUUUUUAUGAGAAAAAACUCUUUGGACGUGGAUGAAUUUAACUACUACAAGUCAUUGCACAAUAGAAGUCGAGAACAGCUCGAUAGAUAUGUCGAGGAUGGAAUUCUGAUGAAUAACUAUGCUCACGUUUUUGCUAUGAUCACACGCCUACGGCAGGCAGCUGAUCAUCGCUACCUUGUGAUGUACUCUAGAAAAGAAUUGGCUAGUGGAAAUAAAAAGGCUGGAGAUGUUGAACAAUCAUGUCACUUAUGUCAUGAUGCAGUGGAAGAUCCAGUAGUUACUUGUUGUAGGCACGUGUUUUGCAGGGCGUGUAUGAUAGAUUUAGAUGAAGGAGUAAUGGAAGCGACAUGCCCUUCAUGUACCAAACCCCUCGCAUUUGACUUCACUGGAAAUAAAGAUAAGGGAGAUUCUAGUUCUAAACCUGCUGUCAAAGGGUUUAGGUCUUCAAGUAUAUUGAAUAAAAUUCAGCUUGAUAAAUUCAAGACAAGCACUAAAAUAGAAGCUUUGAAGGAAGAAAUUAGCGACAUGUUUCAAAGAGACUGUUCUGCAAAAGGAAUAGUUUUUAGCCAGUUCACAGCGUUUUUGGAUCUGAUACAGUAUUCUCUUGAGUUGUGUGGCAUCAAUUGUAUUCAAUUAGUUGGAUCCAUGUCUAUUGCCGCAAGAGAUGCUGUACUUAAAAGAUUCACUGAGGAUGCAAAUUGCAAGAUAUUGCUUAUGAGCUUAAAGACUGGAGGUGUUGCCCUCAAUCUUACAGUUGCAUCACAUGUUUUCAUAAUGGAUCCUUGGUGGAAUCCUGCAGUGGAGCAGCAAGCCCAGGAUAGAGUCCAUCGAAUAGGGCAAUAUAAACCAGUCAUGAUUGUGAGAUUUGUGAUUGAGAAUACAACUGAAGAGAGAAUCUUAGAGUUACAAGAGAAGAAGAAAUUACUUUUUGAAGGGACAAUUGGUGGUUCUUCAGAGGCCUCAGGAAAGCUAACAAACGAGGACUUGAUGUCCCUGUUGUAUUAGGACUUUUGAUAUGUUCUAUUUCUUCGGUUUGGCAAACCAAUUGACAUUUCUUUGUUCUGUAUGAAGCGUUCUGUCAUUUGCUUUUAUGUUGCAUGGAGUUUAUGUGUUAA